UUGCCGUUAGUCUCCGGUCGUCUUCAAUAGUCUCUUCUCGCUUUUCCCUCUCACAUUGACAGAAGCCGAGCACGCAUUUCAGUGUAGCGGAGAGAGAUCCACAGCCAAGCCUGAUGUUUCGACGUCGUUUCAAUCGAUCAUUCUCUUUCUUCUUCCUCUUGAUUUUGUUACUGGGGAAUGGAUCCUAUGGGUCACGAGUUGGGCAGCGUAAAAGUGGACGAUCAUCUGUGUUUUCAUUGUUCAACCUCAAAGAGAAGAGUAGGUUUUGGAGCGAGUCUGUUUUACGUACUGAUUUUGAUGAUUUGGAAUCAUCUAAACCUGACAAAGAGAGUGCUGCUAAUUACACCAAGGCAGGCACUAUUGGACACUAUCUGAAGCUUUUUGAGGUUGAUGCAAUGUACUUUCCUGUCCCUGUGAAUUUCAUUUUCAUAGGGUUUGAAGGGAAGGGGAAUCAAGCAUUUAAGUUACAUGCUGAAGAACUGGAGCGCUGGUUCACAAAAAUUGAUCACGUCUUUGAGCAUUCGAGGAUCCCUCAGAUUGGUGAAGUUUUGACCCCAUUUUACAAGAUAAGCAUAGAUAGAGAACAACGGCAUCAUCUUCCUCUAGUCAGUCGUAUAAACUACAACUUCUCUGUUCAUGGCAUUGAACUGGGUGAGAAAGUCACGUCUAUAUUUGAGCAUGCAAUAGAUGUCUUUGGACGCAAGGAUGAUGUGCUGGAUACAAGGGAUGAUGUAGCUGGUCUUUGGCAGGUCGAUGUGGAUAUGAUGGGUGUCCUCUUCACUAGUCUUGUGGAAUAUUUGCAUUUAGGAGAUGCUUACAACAUAUUUAUCUUGAAUCCUAAGCGCGAGGGAAAAAGAACUAAAUAUGGCUACAGGAGAGGGUUAUCCGAGACUGAGAUAAACCUUCUUAAGGAGAAUAAGGCCUUGCAAUCAAGAAUUUUUCAGUCAGGAAGUGUCCCAGAUAGUGUUCUUGCUCUUGAAAAGAUCGAAAGUCCUUCACAUGAAAAGCGUACAAUGGCAAAAUUUUCCUGGACAAUUACAGAAGAUACCGAUACGGUGGAAUGGUAUAAUCAUUGCCUAGAUGCACUCAACAAUAUUGAAAGGCAAUAUCAAGGGAAGGACGCGGCUGAUAUCAUUCAGAGCAAAAUUUUGCAGUCCUUGAGGGGUAAAUAUGAAGAUUUGAAGCUUCUGUUUGAGAAGAAUAUUAAGUCUGGGGAUUUUAAUGGCUUUCAUGCAGAAUGCCUUACAGAUGCGUGGAUUGGAAAGGAGAGGUGGGCAUUUAUUGAUUUAACUGCGGGUCCUUUUUCAUGGGGUCCUGCUGUUGGUGGAGAAGGUGUGCGGACAGAUUUGAGCCUACCCAAUGUUGAAAAAACCAUUGGCGCAGUUUUAGAAAUUUCUGAAGAUGAAGCUGAAGAUCGCUUGCAAGAGGCAAUUCAGGAAAAGUUUGCUGUAUUUGGUGAUAAAGACCAUCACGCAAUUGAUAUCCUUCUUGCGGAAAUUGAUAUAUAUGAGCUGUUUGCAUUCAAACAUUGCAAGGGAAGGAGGGUUAAGCUUGCUCUUUGUGAAGAGCUUGACGAGAGAAUGCAAGACUUGAAAAAUGAGCUCCAAUCUUUUGAGGGAGAGGAAUAUGAUGAAAGCCAUAAGAAAAAGGCGAUCGAUGCCUUGAAGCGAAUGGAGAACUGGAACUUGUUUAGUGAAACUUAUGAGGGUUCCCAGAAUUACACAGUCGCGCGUGAUACCUUCCUUGCACAUUUAGGUGCCACUUUGUGGGGUUCCAUGAGACACAUAAUAUCUCCUUCCCUUGCAGAUGGGGCUUUCCAUUAUUAUGAGAAAAUAUCUUUUCAGUUAUUUUUCAUCACGCAGGAGAAAACAAGGAACAUCAAGCUGUUACCUGUUGAUCUUAAAAGUCUUCAGGAUGGCCUUUCCUCUCUGGUUGUGCCUUCUCAGAAAGUGAUGUUCAGUCAGCAGAUGUUGCCACUGUCUGAGGAUUCUGCAUUGGCAAUGGCCUUCUCUGUUGCUCGUAGAGCAGCUGCUGUCCCACUACUGCUUGUUAAUGGAACCUACAGAAAAACUGUUCGCACCUACCUUGACUCUUCAAUUCUUCAACAUCAGUUGCAGAGGUUGAAUGAACAUGGUUCCUUGAAAGGUUCACAUGCACAUAGCAGGUCCACACUGGAGGUUCCCAUUUUUUGGUUUAUCCAUGGUGAUCCAGUGUUGGUUGACAAAUAUUACCAGGCAAAGGCACUUUCUGAUAUGGUAAUUGUUGUUCAGUCAGAAGAAUCAUCAUGGGAAAGCCACCUACAAUGCAAUGGACAGUCCCUUCUAUUGGACUUGAGGAGGCCCAUAAAAGCUGCAAUGGCAUCUGUUGCUGAACAUUUGUCUGGGUUACUUCCUCUUCAUCUUGUAUAUAGUCAAGCACAUGAAACUGCAGUGGAGGACUGGAUUUGGUCAGUAGGUUGCAAUCCUUUAUCCAUCACCUCUCAAGGUUGGCAUAUUUCUAAGUUCCAGUCUGAUACCAUUGCUCGGAGCUAUAUACUCACAACUCUUGAGGAGUCAAUACAAAUUGUUAAUUCUGCAAUCCAUCUUCUUGUUGUCGAGCGUACAUCGGAACAGACUUUCAAGGCCUUUCAAUCUAUGGAGCGUGAGUUGGUGAACAAAUAUAACUAUGUCGUUAGCCUAUGGAGAAGAAUUUCAACCGUCACUGCAGAACUACGGUAUGACAAUGCCAUGGGACUACUUAAUACACUGGAGGAUGCAUCAAAAGGUUUUGCCGAUUACGUAAAUUCAACUCUUGCCACUCUCCACCCAAUUCAUUGCACAAGGCAGAGGAAAGUUAAGGUUGAAUUUGACGUGACAACCGUUCCUGCUUUUUUGAUCGUCCUUGUCGUACUCUGGGUCAUUUUAAGACCAAGAAGACCAAAGCCCAAGAUCAACUGAGCUUUCUAGGAUGUAUCUUAACAUUGUAUUUCUCAGAGAGGGAUUGCUCUACUACACCAGGUGGGAUUGAGAGUAUAGGCUUUUCUUGUACUUUCAUUUUUCCUUGCGUACUUUUAGCCAGGCUUAGAAGUGUCUACACACUGUAAGAGAUCAGGAAGAAACCAAUUGCAGUAGAGCAGAGGCCGCAAGGUGAUGCACAUCUGCUGUUAAGAGCAUCUGAAACGUGUAUAAUCUUUGUAAGAUUAGAUAAUGAUUUUUGAAUAACAGUAGCUGCAAAAUUUUGAACUUUCUUCUUUCUAUGAUAGCGCUUCUUAUA